UGAGGUUAGAAUAAAUCUUUAAGUCGUCAGCUGUGUAGCUCGUUAACUCCAAGAUAACAGAUAGAAAACAAUGUAAUUUCGUUCAAGUAUGUCUAUCUGUAACAGAAAAUGAUCGUAUCUCAUUGGAACUACCUCAUUUGAAAUUCAUAACCCACAUUUUUCUAAUUAUUUCCAAUUAAUUGAGUAUUAUUUGUACAGCUAGUGUAGGAAAUAUUGUAAAUAUGAACAAAGAAUCCGUUCUUUCUUUUAUAUUUUCUGUAAUAUAUUUUGCUUGCGUGAUUUUACCUAUUGCGACAGCAGAAGAUGAACCAAUUGAAGUGGAGGGUAGUAAGGACACAAACGAUGAACCAGCGAACAAAUUCAAAUUUCUGGAAAUUGAAAACCUUGGUUUCAUACAUGCCUUCUUGGCCUCCUUUUCCGUGAUAUUAGUAUCAGAGAUUGGGGACAAAACGUUUUUUAUUGCAGCUAUAAUGGCCAUGAGGCAUCCAAGGUUAACAGUUUUCAGCGGAGCUAUUGGAGCUUUAGCUUUGAUGACUGUUUUGUCAGCUGUUUUCGGUUGGUUAGUGAAUGUAGUUCCUAGAAUUUAUACCUUCUACAUUAGCACGGCAUUAUUUGCUAUUUUUGGCUUGAAGAUGUUGAAGGAAGGUUACUACAUGUCUCCUACAGAGGGGCAAGGAGAACUGGAUGAAGUUCAGUCUGACUUAAGGAAGCAAGACGAAGAAUAUGAAAAACAAGCCAUGUUACCAGACCCUGAAUUGGGUGGUCAGAAAAAAACGAAACCAAAAAGUGCUCUCCUAGCAACAUCACGGAUUCUGAUGCAGUCUUUUACCCUCACAUUUUUAGCAGAAUGGGGCGAUAGGUCGCAGCUAACCACUAUCUUAUUGGGUGCAAGAGAGGAUGUUUAUGGAGUGAUAGUGGGCGGAAUUUUGGGGCACAGCAUUUGUACAGGCAUGGCAGUACUUGGUGGCAAAAUGAUUGCUCAAAAGAUAUCAGUUCGAACUGUGACCAUCAUUGGAGGAGUUGUAUUCUUACUUUUCGCGUUUUCCGCAUUAUUUAUUGACCCCUAUGGUGGAUAAUACUUAAAAUAUAUACGUCAUUUUGUGACCUUCAAAUAUGUGAAAUAGUAUUCACGAUAGAUUUGAGAAAUUUUGCCUCAUUGUAUCGAAGUACAUACUUGUAUAAGAAAAAGUGAAGAUGUAAAUAAAUUGAUAUUUUUUA